CACUGCAUUUGGCUUAGUCCUCCGAGGUUGGAGAGCCUAUAGCUUUUUAUGUGGAUAAAUCCAGUGAUGGAUGGAAGUACUAAAGGCAGAUCGAGGAGUAACAUUGUCGAGGACUUCAGAUGGCAGCGAACUCUUAAAAGGAGAUUUUCACUAAUAAAUUUUUUGUUCUGAUGUUUGGAAUCAGCGCUUGGAAUAUAGCUCCUGCGUGUGCACUGCAUUUGGUGAACGCGUGCUUUUAGGAAAGCGUUGUUCUAAAUUUAUCUGACUUAUCUGAAUCAUCUUGACUGCACAUGUACUCGCCAGCCUUGCAUGUUGAUAUCUGGUAACUUUGUGAAGUCACUUUUCCGUUUUAUUAGCGGUGAGCAUUAGUCCUUUGGAAAGGAACCUUAGCUGAAGGGAGAAACUUCUCUAAAACAAGAAUCAUGAAAUUCUUGGCUCACGAACACUGCAAGAGUUAUCAUGAGUCCAAGCAGAGCUGGAGGUGGUGGAGCUGAGCCAUUGGUGACAAAGACAUUGCCAGAGGCUGGAGGAGCCUACGAUUUUGACAAAGGAAACUCGGUUAGAUUUAAACCUUCACGAUUGCUCCACAGGAAACGAGCGUUAAGUUUUCAGAAGGAGUUCUCACUUGAAGAUAAAGAAGAACUUGCGAACAGUACAAAGGAUAUUGAUGCUAACCUCUUAGCAGUACUUCCAAAAGUUUCAGAGUUAAGAAAACUGUUUGAACCAAACAACCAAGAUUUUUUGGAAAUGAAAAGAAAGGAGAGAAUAGCUAGACGCUUAGAGGGAAUUGAAAAUGAUACGCAACCUCUGCUUCUACAGAACUGCCCGGGGUCAGUCACACACCGUUUACUAGAAGAAGAUACACCAAGAUAUAUGCGUGCAACUGAUCCAUACAGUCAUCACUUAGGAAGAUCACAUGAAGAGGAGGAAACUUCAGAUUCUUCUGUAGAGAAACAACCCAGAUCAUCCAGAUACCGUGCAGAAACCACAGGAGGAAAUACAGAGUCUUUGUACACUACAGGAAACAUGGAUACCCAUGAACUAGAGUCUAAAGCAGAAAGAAUAGCUAGGUACAAGGCAGAGAGACGGCGCCAGCUGGCAGAAAAGUAUGGAUUAACUCUUGAUACUGAUUUGGAUUCUGACUACUCAUCCAGAUAUUCCCGGGCAAGGAAAGAUCCUGACAGUGUGGAAAGAAAGGGAUUGAGAAGUGAAAGGCAUGAUGAUGAAAACAAGGACUCUGGCUCCUUGUAUUUGUCCCGGACUGAGAUGAAGGAGUCAAAAAGUGCGAUUUCUGAAUCCAGGGAGUACUCUAGCCGUGAAAAAGAUGGUAUUCCAGCUAAAGAAGAGUUUUCAAAUGAAAAGCAUGAUAAAAGAGCAGGUGAUGACAGUGCCAUUAGACAGGCUUCUGACCAUUCAGCAACAUUGGAUAGAUCUGUCUCACUUACACUUUCUGGACGAGAGUCUUCCUCCUGUAAUGAAGUGCCAAUAUCACCAAAGCAGACCCCCCGAGAUUCUCUUUCAUCACCAAAGCGGGCAGCCUCACCAAUCCACUUGCAGAAUGAUCAGCCCUUGCACAGUAACAUCAGACAAAGUAGUGCAGGGAAAGCAAAACCUGAAUGGUUCCUUCAGAAAGAUUCAGAAGGGGACACACCAUCUCUUAUCAGCUGGCCCUCCAGAGUAAAAGUUAGAGAGAAACUGGUGAAAGAGGAAAGUGCACGUGGAAGCCCUGAACCUGUCACAGACAGUGUAUCUCAGAGAAAAUCCCAGCCAGUGCCAGCCCACUACAUGCCUCUUCAGACAGAAACAUCUGCCUUUGACAGGGUUCUCAAUCAGCCCGUCAGCGCGGUCCGCCAACCAAUACAUGGCUAUAUUCAGCCUGCUGGCAUUGUGCACACAGCUCAGCUGAUGGCAACAGAAGAACCAGAAAACAUCUUCACUGGCAGCCGCCUCCUUUCAGACAGUGUCAGCCCCUUAACGAAAUCAGCAGCAGCCACUGUACCAGAGAGUGAAAAGAAAGAGGUGCUGGCAUAUGGAGCAAAGCCUGGUGAAGAAGAAUCCCCAGAAAGUGAGCAGGCUUCCAAAGGCAGAAGACCAAUUUUGCCAUCUGAGAUUCGUAAGCAAGGGAAGAGCCACGAAGGCCUCUUUGGAGAAGAACCGGAUACCGGUGCAGGGAGCACCUCACCUGCAAGCAAGCCAAAGGUCAGCUCAGAUGUUCAGCAGGAGCAGGAGUGCAAAAAGAAGCAGGCGCCUGAGCAGCAGCUGAAGACACCUGAGAACAUGGAGAGGAGCGAAGCUGUCAUGUACAUACAGAGCGGUGAAUCUCGGUUUGAGAUGUCAACGUCAGGCAGCGCUUUGUCUGCCAGUGGUGACCGUGAAAGAGGGCCGCGAAGGCCAAGGCGCUAUUUCACUCCUGGUGAAAACAGAAAGACUUCUGAGCGAUUUAAAACCCAACCUAUAACGUCAGCAGAACGAAAGGAGACGGAUAGGUCCAUUAUGUGUGCAGAAAUACCAACUGCUGACGAUGAGGAAAAAUUAGAUGACCGAGCCAAACUGAGUGUAGCUGCAAAGCGACUGCUUUUCAGAGAAAUGGAAAAAUCUUUUGAAAUGAAGAAUAUUCCUAAACCACCUACGAGAAGCUCAGCAGUGGAGAGAAGAAUGCGGCGUUUGCAGGACAGAUCACACACGCAGCCAAUUACCAGUGAGGAAGUGGUCAUUGCAGCCACUGAAACUACCCAUGCUUCACGUUCUGUGAAUACCCACUCAGUAGUGACAAGAGUACCUAGUCCCACUGUAGUUAAGAGCACAGUACAACCUACCAGCUUACAGGCAUCAGCACACCAAAAAAUAUUAGCUAAAGAGGAGAUAAGAGCAGCCAAAGAGGCAAUGGGGCAAGAUCAAUCCGAUGAACCAGAUUCUUCCACAUUAAGCUUGGCAGAAAAGAUGGCUUUGUUUAACAAACUGUCUCAGCCAGUAUCCAGGGCUAUAUCCACAAGGAGUCGAGGAGAUAGGCACAGGAGGAUGAAUGCUCGUUACCAGACCCAGCCAGUCACUCUUGGAGAAGUUGAGCAGAUGCAGUGGAAAAAGAGUAAACCGGUGCAAAAUGAAAGUGGAAAACUUACUCCCCUGUCAAGUUCAGUUUCAACAUCAGUUUCAGCAAUGGCUUCAGCCCUUUCUGCACUGUUUGCUGGAGACAUGCAUGCGAAGCCACGUAGUGAUGGAAGUGUGAGCGCUGCCACAAAAGAUGAUUUGAGAUUCCAUGCUUCAGCAGAAAGCUCAGACUCAUCAGGGAAACGCACACAGAAGUCAGAACAGUGGCAGCCCUCAAUGGAAGUGCUAGAAAGCAAAAGAGCAUCAAAGAAGCAUGAGGAAGAAGGAAAGAGGUUUCUAGCACAUGAAACUAAUGAAAUUAGAAAGUACAGCUCCUUUGAGGAUGAAACCAUACAUCCUGUUCCUGAAAAAACAGGAGACUACCAUAAAGAGGCAGCCUACAGCUUCCUGAGGAAAGGCAGCAUGGAACUGUUUAGUUCACAACCACUUUUUCAGACUCCUGAAAGGAAGGAAAUUGAUACCAUCAUGCAAGACCAUGUUGAGCCUACUUCUGAACUCAUCAGCACGCCAGCAACGAGGACGCUUUCACAGACUGCGGCUGCGGCAUCCUGUAGGCUACAGGAGCUGUCUGAACAAUUGGAGGGAAAACUCUACAAGAAUUCCUGUGAGAUGUUUUCUGCUGGAGACAACAAAAUGCAGACAGCUGAGGAUGGCCUCGAUAGUUCCAGCAAAACGAUGUCAAUUAAGGAAAGGUUGGCGUUGCUGAAGAAGAGUGGUGAAGAAGACUGGAAGAGCAGGCUAAGUAAAAAGCAGGAGUAUGCGAAAGUGUCUGCCACUGAUCGUAGCGCACAGAUGCAAGAAGUUGAGCAGCUGUUGAAGAAGGAACCUGUAUAUGCUUCUACUUACUCUCCUGUUAUACCUGCUGUCCAUAAAUUUCAUCCUUUUCUACCUUUUAAUCAGAGGAUAGCAGAUAAUCAGGAGAGUCAAAUGACUAUAGAAGAAAGAAAACACCUCAUCACAGCUCGAGAAGAAGCCUGGAAGUCCAGGGGUAAAGGCGCAGCAAAUGACUCCACACAGUUCACUGUAGCUGGUCGAAUGGUAAAAAAAGGCCUGGCUUCUCCAAGUGCACUAACACCAGUAGCAUCCCCUUAUGGUAACAGGCAAAAGUCUACCACUCCAGUUACAAAGCCCUUGGAAGAAAUUGAAGCUAGACCUGAUAUGCAAUUGGAAUCAGAUAUGAAGCUCGAUAGGCUGGAGUCAUUCUUGGGAAGGCUGAAUAACAAAGUUGCUGGAAUGCAAGAGACAGUGCUGACAGUUACAGGAAAGUCUGUGAAAGAGGUGAUGAAGCUGGAUGAUGAUGAAACAUUUUCCAAAUUUUACCGCCAUGUGGAUUUCCCUUCCUCCUCUGUGCCUUUGGACCUCGAUGAGGACUUUGAUGCCAUCUUUGAUCCUUAUGCACCAAAGUUAACAUCCUCUGUAGCAGAGCACAAACGUGCAGUGAGGCCUAUGCGCAGGGUUCAGUCCUCCAGAAACCCCCUGAAAAUGCUGGCAGCAAGAGAAGAUAUUCUUCAUGAGUACACUGAGCAGAGACUGAAUGUUGCCUUCAUGGAGUCAAAGCGAAUGAAAGUAGAAAAAAUGUCUGCAAACUCAAAUUUCUCAGAAGUAGCACUUGCUGGUUUGGCAAGCAAGGAGAACUUCAGCAAUGUUAGUCUGCGGAGUGUUAACCUAACAGAGCAAAAUUCUAACAACAGUGCUGUGCCAUACAAGAAGUUGAUGCUGCUGCAAAUUAAAGGAAGAAGACAUGUUCAAACAAGAUUAGUUGAACCGAGGGCCUCAUCACUGAACAGUGGAGACUGUUUCCUAUUACUAACUCCACAUCUCUGUUUCUUAUGGGUAGGAGAGUUUGCAAAUGUCAUAGAAAAAGCAAAGGCUUCAGAACUUGCAACCUUGAUUCAGACAAAGAGGGAACUUGGCUGUAGAGCUUCUUAUAUACAGACUAUAGAAGAAGGAAUAAACACCCAUACCCAUGCAGCCAAAGACUUCUGGAAACUCCUUGGUGGCCAAGGAAAUUACCAGUCUGCUGGAAGACCUGAAGAGGAUGAAAUGUAUGAAGCUGCCAUAAUAGAAACUAAUUGCAUUUACCGUCUUGUAGAGGAUAAACUCAUUCCUGAAGAUGACUACUGGGGAAAGAUGCCAAAAUGUACCUUGUUACAACCAAAAGAGGUGCUCGUAUUUGAUUUUGGCAGUGAAGUGUAUGUGUGGCAUGGAAAGGAAGUUACUUUAGCACAAAGAAAAGUGGCAUUCCAGCUGGCAAAACACUUGUGGAAUGGCACCUUCGACUACUCAAAUUGUGACAUAAAUCCUCUGGACCCAGGAGAAUGCAAUCCCCUCAUACCCAGAAAGGGACAAGGACGUCCAGAUUGGGCUGUGUUUGGCAGGCUCACAGAACAUAAUGAGACCAUACUGUUCAAAGAAAAAUUCCUUGAUUGGACAGAGCUGAAGAAACUCAAUGAGAAGAAUUCUAGUGAAUCCCUUCACCAGAAGGAAGAAUCCAAAUCUGAUACUAAACCAUAUGAUGUCAUGCUAAUGGUACCUGUGCCCCAAACUGCUGUAGGCACAGUUCUGGAUGGAAUGAAUAUUGGCCGGGGCUAUGGACUUGUAGAAGGAGAAGAUGGGAGGCAGUUUGAAAUUAUCACUGCAUCUGUGGAUGUCUGGCACAUCCUGGAGUUUGAUUAUAGUAGGCUGCCUAAACAAAGCAUAGGACAGUUCCAUGAGGGAGACACAUACGUGGUGAAGUGGAAGUACAUGGUGAGCACUACAGUUGGAAGCAGACAAAAAGGAGAGCAACAAGUAAGAGCUGUUGGAAAAGAGAAAUGCGUGUAUUUCUUUUGGCAAGGAAGGCACUCCACAGUGAGUGAGAAAGGGACAUCGGCACUGAUGACAGUGGAACUUGAUGAGGAGCGAGGAGCACAGGUACAAGUGCUUCAAGGGAAAGAGCCGCCAUGCUUCCUGCAGUGCUUCCAAGGAGGGAUGAUUGUGCAUGCUGGAAGAAGGGAAGAGGAAGAAGAAAAUGCACAAAGUGACUGGAGACUAUAUUGCGUGCGUGGAGAAGUUCCCAACGAAGGAAACUUACUUGAAGUAGCAUGUCACUGCAGCAGCCUGCGUUCCCGGACAUCCAUGAUUGUCCUCAAUAUAAAUAAAGCUCUUAUCUACCUUUGGCAUGGCUGCAAAGCACAAUCUCACACCAAGGACGUAGGAAGAACAGCAGCCAAUAAAAUAAAAGAACAAUGUCCGCUGGAAGCAGGGCUGCACAGCAGCAGCAAGGUGACAAUACACGAAUGUGAUGAAGGGUCAGAGCCUUUGGGAUUCUGGGAUGCAUUAGGAAGGCGAGAUCGAAAGGCCUAUGAUUGCAUGUUGCAAGAUCCAGGAAAGUUUAAUUUUACCCCCCGCCUGUUCAGCCUCAGUAGUUCUUCAGGAGAAUUCUCAGCCACCGAGUUCGUUUACCCAUCAAGAGACCCUGCUGUCAUCAAUUCUAUGCCCUUCUUGCAAGAGGAUCUUUACACUGCCCCACAGCCAGCACUGUUCCUUGUUGACAAUCACCAUGAAGUGUACUUGUGGCAAGGCUGGUGGCCUGUGGAAAACAAAAUCGCUGGAUCAGCUCGAAUCAGGUGGGCUACAGACAGGAAAUGCGCCAUGGAGACAGUGCUCCAGUACUGCAAAGGAAAAAAUGUAAAGAAGCCCCCCAAGUCCUAUCUCAUUCAUGCCGGCCUGGAGCCCCUGACCUUCACCAAUAUGUUCCCAAGUUGGGAGCACAGGGAAGACAUUGCAGAGAUCACAGAGAUGGAUGCUGAUGUUUCUAAUCAGAUAAUCCUUGUAGAAGAUGUGCUGGCCAAGCUGUGUAAAACUGUGUAUCCCUUAGCUGAUCUCUUAGCCAGGCCUUUGCCCGAGGGAGUUGAUCCUCUGAAGCUCGAAAUUUAUCUUUCAGAUGCGGACUUUGAGGUUGCAUUAGAGAUGACAAGAGAAGAGUACAACGCGCUGCCAUCUUGGAAGCAGGUUAAUCUGAAGAAGGCAAAAGGACUUUUUUAAGCUGCAUCUAUUGGAUUGAGCACCAAAGGGAUGUCUGUUUUCACUUUCUAUACCCUUUAGCAAAACUGUGCUCCACAUUUACAAAACAAAUAGAAAUAAUCUGAAGUUAUUAGUGACUACCUAUCUGGAGGCGUGUAAUAUUAUGAAAGGCCAAGAGAACACUUUGGAAAUGGAAUUCAGUUUUGACUUUGAAGGUAACAUUUAAGCUCAGCUCUCCUAUGCACUUAAACAGUAGUUUCUUGAGCUACUGCCGUAGCUGUCCUUUGGCUAUCUCCAAUACUUGCCAUUUUUGUUUUUGAAGAAGUUCUCUUUGUAAAGUGUUAUUUUGUUAGUUUGUGGAUUACAAAGAAUUUAUAUUUAUAUAAACACAUAGAACAAGUAUGUAUUUAACAAUGCAAUAUAUAUUCACUUUCAAGACUUUAACGUCAGAACUACAGAACAGUAGCUGGAUGGCAGUUGCUUGUACUGAAUUAGCUAUACCACCAGUAUGUAUCUCCUGCGCAUUCUGAAAAGUUUCUCUUUGCAAUAGGCGAUGAAUUGUUCUCAGUGCUGCUUCAGGUGCUAAACUGAACAAAGCGUUUGUAUUUAUAGCAUGGAUUUCUUGAGAAACUAUGCGAAUCAACCUUUAUACUUUAAUAUCCAAAAAUGUAUAGUGCCUUGUUUUUUGUGUACAGUUUAUAUACAAAAAAAAAGAAAAAAACCAAAUGAUUGGUCUGCAUUUUGAAGAUGGCUUAGAAUGGUCUCCUCUGUUACUUUUAUAAUAGUAGAAAUAAAAACAUCUCAGUUUCUAAUACUUGUUGUAAACAUUAAACAUGUCUUUUGUGAUAUAAGAACUGAAAGUAAAAGCUUCCGAAUAAACUCUUAGCAAUGCUCUGACUUGUCAUUAUUUUGUACUGUAAACUGUACAGAUUCAUUGGACUCUUCCAUAACGUGGUAUCUUACCAAAAGAUUUUAACCUUACGGAUCUGCAGGUGUUGUACAGUUACCAUCGGAGAAGCAGAGAAUGUAGACAAAAAAACAUUGUAUAAGAUAAAAUUAGGUUGUAUGACACUUCCAUGCUGCAUGUUGGAACCAUCACACCAUUCCUGUAUCCUUCUGGUUGCGGUUUUUUACAUGAAACCAAAAUUAUUAUGAUGACUUUCGACCUCUGAAAACCUUUUCAAUCUUUGUGCAAUUGGGAGUAAAACUUGAAUUGAAAAAGA